AUGUCAGGUGGCUUCGUCCAGCAGUGCGCCGACUACUGCUCAACCCUGCGGGCCAGCACACCGGGCGGGAACUGCACUUACUUCGGCAUCCUCUUUGAGGCGUCCUGGCGGAUCGAAGCACGCUGCGUUGUGUUUUCGCCCGACCUCGGGUUGAUGCCCAAGCACGUCGAGUCGGGCGGCACCUCAUGUGUUCCAUCUGUGGACGACCACUGGGGCCGUCGCUGGUCAGUCUUCGAGCUCACCCGCGCCACGCCGCAGUCGCCCCCGCCCAGCGGCCUUUACCCGGGAGGGCGCGGCGUGCUGGUAAGGGUCUGGAACGCCUGUCCCAAGGGCAACACCUUCCACCAUCCAUGUCACUCGUACGAAGAGGCCGCAUGGCAGGCGCUCCAGGGGUCGAUGAACCCGGACUACCGCCAGCAGCGGCCGAUGCUGGAGAUGGUCCGGACCGACGUGAUGCGCGGCGCCUUCGGUUACGAGAACAUCAAGUACAAUGACCCUCACACCAUGAAGGCCUUCAAUAUCGAGUCCCCUUACGCCACCCUCGCCGACAUCAGUGGAGACCACGGUGUGGUGGAGGAGAUCAUGGGCUUCUUUGUGGCCCCAGUGGCGGGAUGGUACUCCUUCUUGACCUGGGGUCAGCUGUGGCAAGAUGUUUGGCUCAGUAUGUCCGAGGAUCCCAAAGACGUGGAGCGCGUGGCGAAGAGGCUAGACCACCUUCCCUGCAGGUCUGGUGGCCGAAGGAGACAUGUCUACACCGGCUGCAGCAUCUUCAACAACUUCCGCAGCCUGAACAAUCCGCAGGGUGUGCAGCGGCGGCAGUGUGCUCACAUUGGCACCAACAUCUCCCGAUCGGGCAUCCGCACGCCCGCGGAGAAGACGGUGUACCUGAAGAAAGGAGAGCGCCGCUUCUUCCUCAAGCGCGUGGCCUUGCCAGAGGACGCUGGUCGACAAGGCAUUGUCAAGGAUGACGCCAAGUUUUUCACAUGCGCGGUUGAGGAGCUUCGGGUGGAUUCUCGCCGUGCUUAUCAGGCCACUGGGGUGCGCAUCCAGCGUCCGGACCUCUCCAUCCUGAGCAAGAUGCUCCGCGGUGCGAAGGCCAACUACGAAGACAUGUCCCGGGAGGCUCAGGCCGCGAACUGGGCUCAGGGUGCUGGAGGGGUUGAGAGGCUUGUGAUGCUCCGGAAGUUCAUCUCGAAGACCGACGGCCAGUGGCGCAUUGGCCUCCGCGAGACACCCCGCGAUGAGCCCACCUUCAGCAACUGGACGCUCGGCACGUGCUGGAUUCGAAGUCAGCGCAAACGCCCAUGA